GUAUAUGUAUGCCAUUCAUAACACGAUCAUCGAUCGAGUAAACUAACUUAAUUACACCCGAUCAUCGAGCGAAUUGAAAGAACAAGCUAGCUAGCUAAACACGAUCGAGUUAUCGGUUAUGGAGAGGUGGCCGCUUCCCGUUGCUGCUUCGGCAGCUGCAGUAGCUCGCCUUUCUCUUCUGGUCGUGCUUUGCGGUGCCAUCAGUAGGGCGGCGGCGGCGGCGCCGGUGAGGGUCGGAGUUGUGCUGGACCUGGCGAGCGGCGGCGAGGGAAGGAGGAGCCUCGCCUGCAUUUCAAUGGCGUUGGACGACUACUACGGCGCCAACGAUUAUUCUACCGCCGCGGCCGCGCGCGCGAGGGUGGAGCUGCGCGUCAGGGACUCGCGCGGGGACGUCCUUGCGGCAGCGCACGCCGUUGAGGAGUUGAUGAACAAGAACGCCCAGGUCGAAGCCAUCAUCGGGCCUCAAACCUCAGCCGAAGUCGAGCUCUUCGCUGGCAUCGCGAUCCGCAACCACAUCCCGAUCCUCUCCUUCUCCCCUACUACCUCACCGGCGUUGAGCUCACCGCCGACACGCUUCUUCGUGCGCACCGCUGCCAGCAUCGCCUCCCAGGCCGCGCCCAUCGCCGCAAUCCUCGAUGUGUUCUCGUGGCGCGCGGCCGUGCUCCUUCACGAGGACUCGCUCUACGGCAUCGGCAUCCUCCCGGCGCUGGUUCACGCGUUCCAGGUGCAAGGGCAGCUGCUGGCAGGGUCGUACGGUGCGCGUGGCGUGGUGGACAGCGUGUCCGUGCCGGCCGACGCGACGGAUGGCCGCCUCGACGCGGCGCUCCGUGCCGUCAAGAUCAUGCCGUGGCGGGUCUACGUCGUGCACAUGCUCCCCGCCCUGGUCGCGCGCCUCUUCCGCCGGGCCAGCGUCGCCGGCAUGAUGUCGGAGGGCUACGCGUGGAUCGCCACCGCCGGCGUCGGCGCCGCGGCGGACGGCCUUAGCCCUGACGACAUCGAGCACAUGCAGGGUGUCGUCAGCCUACGCCCGUACGUGCAGCCGACGGGCCAAGUCAGGAGUUUCACGAGGCGGCUCAAGGCAAGGUUUCGCCGUGAUAACCCGGGCAUCGACGACGAAGACGACGACGACGACGUCGCGCACACGUCGGCGUCGCUGCUCUGGCUGUACGACACGGCAUGGGCAGCCGCCGCCGCAGCCGAUCGAUGUCUCCACCAGAGCAGCAACGCGAGGGAAGAACACAACACGACGACGUUUCUCGAUGCUCUGCUCGCGACCACGUUUCAAGGCCUGGCCGGAAGGUUCAGGCUGGUCGACGGCGAGCGGCAGGUGUCGGCGUACGAGGUUGUCAACAUCAUCGGCAGCGGCGCGAGGACGGUGGGUUUCUGGACGCCGGAGCUUGGGGUCUCCCAGGACAUGGCGCGGCGCCGCCCCAAGAGUGGCAGCAAUGAGGAGCUGAAGCAAAUCCUAUGGCCGGGCGAGACGGCGGCCGUCCCGAUCGGGUGGAGCGAGUCGGCGAACGGGCGGCCGCUCCGCGUCGCCGUCCCGGUGAAGGUCGGAUUCAACCAAUUCGUGGCGAUCCGAAGGCAACAAAACCAGACGAGCGCCGGCGGGGCAAUGAUCACAGGCUUCUGCAUAGACGUGUUCCAAGCGGUCAUGGCGAAGCUGGCGUAUCCAGUCGCAUAUCAGUAUGUGCCAGUCACUGACAACAUGUUAUCUUAUGACAAAAUGGUGAACCUGGUGCAUGAAAAGAGGAGAAGUUGGAGAGCAACCUGUCGAAGCUCGUGGUCAUCGUAUGGGUGUUUACUGUUCUUAUCAUCACGACAAGCUACACGGCAAACCUAACAUCGAUGUUGACAGUGGGACAGCUGCAGCCGACGAUAAACGAAUUAAAGAAGGGCGACUAUGUGGGUUAUCAGCAGGGAUCAUUCGUCCAAAACAUCCUAAAAGACAUGGGAUUCAAUGAGGACAGACUAAGGGCAUAUGCCACAAUUGACCAGUAUGCCGAAGCCCUAAACAUGGGGUCAGAUAACGGCGGUGUCUCGGCAAUUAUUGACGAAGUGCCCUACUUGAAGCUCUUUGUGUCUCAGUACUGCCAAGGCUACGCCAUAGUUGGUCCAACGUACAAGAGCGGUGGAUUUGGAUUCGUCUGUCCUUAUCAUCCCUUUCAACACAUUUCACACAACAUAAUUUAGAUAGAAAAUGGAUUUAUGGUACUUGAGAAAUUACUGAAAGUUAUCAAAAUUUUAAACUACAAAAUAUGGUACUCCUUAAUUCCUCAAGAAUCGUAGAAUUUUACCAAGAAAUUAACACAUAUAGAAAGUGGCAGUUAGCUCAUACUUUGUUCUUAUACGGUAAUUCUUUUUUUCUAAAUUUAGGGGUGGCCACGAGUGGAGCAGCUUGAGCUUAAGUCCCACACGUGCCAAAAGAAACACAAAGGAAUUUGCUGAUCUUUAGUUAAAAUUUGUUUAAGAAGCUCAUACUCUAGUGAUUUAGCCCUAUUUAUGGUUCCUGGCUUCGCCCUUUACUAACCGAUGGGGUUUUUUUUCUUUUUUUUUCAGGAUAACCGAGGAAUACUGUUGUGCCUUUUUUAACGUAGCUAGCUGGGAUUUUUUUUAUAUAUAAAAAAAGGUUAAAACCUGGACUAUGCAUCCCUUUGGAUGCACACAUCCGAGCUAGCUAGGAUGUAUACAGACCAUGGUCUAUGUUUUUUUAACUAUCUGAAACACAUGCGAGACACGAGGGCGCUUAAAUCCAUUUUUUUAAAACGAUUCAUAGGGCACUUAGUAUUUAUGUAUUUUUGUUCUUUCACUAAGUUGUUAAUGGUGCAGUAACAAUAAAACUAACAAGUUAUAUACUACCUUCGUCCUAAAUUAUAAGAACUUAAAAUUAGAUUAGAUAUUUCUUAGCAUAAUGUAUUGGAAUAGGAAGUAUUAGAAAAUAUCUUAUUUAUUUAUACGUUCUUAUAUUUUGAGACGAGAGAGUAAAUGUUUGUGCGUGUAAUGUCAUCCAGGUUUUCCCGGUGGGGUCUCCGCUGGUGCCGGACGUGUCGCGCGCGAUCGUGCAGCUGGCCGAGGAAAACAGGCUCGCGAGGAUCGAGAACAAGUGGUUCGGCGAGCCCGGCUCCUGCGCGAGAAAGAGCAACAGCACCGGCGACGACAAGCUCCGGCUGAAGCCGAGGAGCUUCGGCGGGCUGUUCCUCAUCAACGCCGCCGUGUCCUCCGCCGCGCUCCUGGCCCACCUCGUCGCCGUCUCGUCGCUGCCGACGGAGCUGCGGCGGCGCUUCGCCGUCGUCGUCGCUUUCGGUGUAUCCGGCCGGCGUGGAGGUGGAGCGCCGGUGGCGAUGGCUGGUGGCGGCGCGGAGGAGAGAAUAAGCGAGCCGCAUCAGUUGGUUGGGGAACCACCGAACCAGAACCACUCAGCUGCAGGGACCAGCUCAACAGUAGUAGUACAGUAGUUGAGUACACAAUAGUCAAAUAGUAGUAGUAAUCGGCUGAUGCAAGAUAUCACCUCGGAGGCAUCAUCCUGUCCCGUUCUGUAGUAGUAUUUUUCUUGUUUUAUAGAUGAGUAUUGGUAAUUGUUACACGAUCCUAUCAAUACUUCAAUAGGUUGUUGUUUUAUAAAUACUAGCAAUAACAGCGCGCUACGCUGCGCGUGUGUUUAAGAUGAUGAAUAAAAGGUAGUUUUCAGCUGGUAAUUUGUAAUCAUA